AUGGGGCUAGUACUGUCGUCGUUAAGUGGACUUGAAUUACCGAUACUGGGGUAUGUUGCUGCAAAAUUAUAUUCGAUCCUAAGUUCUCCGAAUGAACAAACUCAGUUGAGAUUGAUGACAAUUAUAUUACUUAUUGUCGGUAUCGGAGGCUCUCUAUCUCAGUUUUUUGUCAAUCUUGCUUUUACAAAAUCUGGCUGUGAAUUAACACUACGGAUUCGAUCAAUGAGUUUCAAAUCGAUGUUACGACAAGAAAUUGCUUGGCACGACGAGGAGGCCCAUAGCGCCGGAAUCUUAACGACCCAAUUGUCAUCGGAUGCAUCAGCAUUAGAGAGUUUCGCCGGAGAACGUAUCGGUAUUAUUAUGAAAUCAAUUACUGCGCUCGUUGCCGCGCUGAUUGUGACGUUUAUUGUCAGUUGGAAACUUUCAUUAGUUGCACUGGUGUUUAUCCCAUGGAUGGUAAUUGGCGGAAUGUUUUUAAACGAACGAAAUAACGAAAAUCGAUCGAUGACUGCCGAUGUGCAAGGUGGACAGGUAUUGUAG